AUGGAAACAUCCUCAUCCUCUGAUGACAGUUGUGACAGUUUUGGUUCUGAUAAUUUUGCAAACACAAAAUGCAAACUUAGGACAGAUAUUAAAGAAGAACUGGCAAAAAUUUUUCAUGAAGCUUCUGAUGACGAAUCCUUCCGUGGCUUUGCAGAAAAUGAGAUUCAAGAUGCAUUGAAAUUGGAAUCAGAUUCAGAAGAGAAUGAUGAAAGUGAGGUGGCUCAGAGAAGGCAGAAAUGCUCUGUUCCUCUAAAAGUAGUUAUGAAGUUUACACCUCGAAGAUCAGAGAGGAGGAAGCGUGAGGUGGAACAUCUUUCUGAAGAGCAGAUGCCUGCUCCAGAUUCAGACUCGGAUUCUGAAGAAAAUGGUGCCAUGUUUUUAGAAAAAAGGGCUUUAAACAUAAAAGAAAACAAAGCAAUGCUUGCAAAACUAAUGGCUGAGUUGCAAAAUGUUUCUGGUAUCUUUGAUGGAAGAAAAUCGUUGCCAACUGUGAAUCCUUUUAAACUUUUCCAGGGACCAAAGCGACUUCCAAGGCAUUCAUUAUCCAGAAGUGCUUUGAGGAGGAAUCCAGACAGAAGUUCACGGCCUCACACAAGAUCCAGGUCCCUGAUUGAAGGUCCUCCUACACCUUUACCGGAAGAGGAAGACGACCGAUACAUCUUGGUGAGAAGAAGACAGACAUCUGAUGAAUGCCUGGAGCAUGAAGCCCGAACUCCCAGGAGGGGUCACCGUGGUGCCAUGGCUUUUCCACACAUUGUGCGCCCAGUUGAGGAGAUCACAACAGAAGAGCUGAAUAAUAUUUGUGGAUCUGCUAGAGAUAAAGUGUAUAACAGGGCCACAGGAUCCACCUGUCAUCAGUGUCGCCAAAAAACCAUAGACACCAAGACGAACUGCCGUAACCCCGACUGCGUGGGAGUGCGGGGACAGUUCUGUGGGCCCUGCCUCCGCAAUAGGUAUGGGGAAGAUGUACGGACGGCGUUGCUGGAUCCGACCUGGAGGUGCCCACCAUGUCGUGGAAUUUGCAAUUGUAGCUUCUGCAGACAGCGAGAUGGCCGAUGUGCUACAGGUGUCCUGGUCUAUCUGGCCAAGUACCAUGGCUAUGACAAUGUCCAUGCCUACUUGAAAAGUCUGAAACAAGAACUUGGAAUGGAAGACUGA